AUGAACUACUGGAACACCGACUGUGGGAACUACUACGGUGCAAUUAUUUACUUCUGCUCCUUCUACCUUAUCAUAACCUAUAUUGUCAGAAAUUUGUUAGUAGCCAUAAUCAUGGAGAAUUUUUCAUUGUUCUAUUCAAGUGAAGAAGAUGCCCUUCUUAGUUAUGCUGAUAUUCGGAACUUCCAGGGUCGGCUAGAGGUAGAUCCAGAGAAAGACCGGGUGCUCUUCAAACACAUGUGCUACGAAAUGGACAAACUACACAAUGGUGACGACGUUUCAUUCCAUGACGUACUCUAUAUGCUUUCUUAUCGUUCUGUUGACAUCCGUAAAUCACUCCAACUCGAAGAGCUUCUGCAGAGAGAGGAAUUGGAAUUCAUAAUAGAAGAGGAAGUGGCAAAACAAACUAUUCGAACAUGGCUUGAAAACUGUCUUCGUCGGAUCCGGAAUCCUCAGAAGCAGAAGGAUACUUUCUCUGAUUCUGCCAAGCACUCACAUCCAGGAUCAGCAGCAGUAUACGUUUUAUUCUGCAUCAGUCGGGCCGCCCGGCUUACGCCGGUCCUCAUUCCUUACCUUUACCAAAAGUUCCAAACAUCGACUCUUUUACACGAAGCAGCAAAGAAGUUUAUGUCGACCACUAGCGAGAAAAAGUUAUCUCAAGCUCGUACACUUCGUCAACCGGAAGUGGCACAGCUACUUCCAAAGAGAGCGGAGGCAAAGAAAUCGUCAGCGAGCAAAACGUUGCAUUUGAACGUGUACGAUUUACCGGAUCUCGAAGAGAAAGUCGAAGAAGGAACAUUUUCUCCACCGAAAUUCAAAGGCGAAAAUGAUGAAAACUCUAUGCCAUUCUUCCUCCCACAACAAACUUCUACUUCUACGGUUUCGGGUGCAAACUCCAACGCCACUCGUGUUCCAAGUAUCGAAUCUACUCAAGAUAUUGCUCUCUGGUGGGAGUUGGUAAACCAAUAG